AUGCGUGCCACCCUAACGCCCGAGGAGAUCGUGCUGAUGGAGGGGGCCAAGCGGGUACUGUCGGUCGAAUUGAACGAGGAUGAUGGGCCGGCCAGAGUCAGGCAUCCGCUUUCUGGCUUGAAAAUCUACGAGUUUAUUGACGUUGGACCGAGGGUCGACAUCCAUUCGGCUGGAGAUGUUCUCGACAAGUGCAGCGUUACCCACGAGCAAGUGCCCUGCAGUUCAUUGUUGCUGAUGACUGGCUGCUUAUUUACCAAGGAGGAAUAUGUUAUCAGAAAAGAAGAAGAUCCGCUUGCACGUGUCACGCCAAUAGCAUCGUAUUUUCAGGAAAACCACUUUCGAGCAACAUGGCUUGCGUCAACCGAGGCUGAUAUUAGACUGAUGACAGUGAUCUGGGCAAUAUUGGCGACCAUCCGAGAGGGAUUCCCUCAUCUUCAUACCAUUCUGAAAGAAUACCACUCGCGACAUAUC